AUGGCCGGCAAGCAACCAAAUAUCACCCUGUACACGACCGGGACUCCUAAUGGUAUCAAAAUUUCUAUUGCUUUGGAGGAACUUGGCCUUCCGUACAAGGUAGUGGCGAUAGAUUUUGCUAAAAACACCCAGAAAGAGCCCUGGUUUCUGGAAAUCAACCCGAAUGGCCGUAUCCCUGCGAUGACGGAUACCUUUACUGAUGGCAAGACCAUCAAUAUCUGGGAGUCGGGAAGCAUGCUGCAAUACCUAGUGGAGCAGUAUGACAAAGAUCAUAAAAUCUCUUACCCCCAGGGUAGCAGGGAGGCGUAUGAGAUGAACAAUUGGCUGCAUUUUCAAAUGGCUGGUGUCGGUCCCAUGCAAGGCCAGGCAAACCACUUCAAUCGUUACGCCCCCGAACGCAUUGAAUACGGCGUGAAUCGUUACAUCAACGAAACUCGCCGCUUAUACGGUGUCCUAGAUAAACAUCUCGCCAACUGCAAGUCCGGAUAUCUAGUUGGGGACCAUAUUUGCAUCGCCGACAUCGCACUCUGGGGCUGGGUUACAUUCGCAGGUUGGUCAGGAAUUGAUAUUGAUGAAUUCCCGCACCUCAAAGCAUGGGAAGAGAUGAUGUUGCAACGUGAGGGCGUCGAGAAAGGCCGACAUGUCCCUACCAAGCAUGUAGUCAAGGAGUUGAUGAAAGAUAAGGAAGCAAUGGAGAAGACCGCUGCUCAGGCUCGAGAGUGGAUUCAGAAAGGAAUGAAAGGUGAUGCGAAGCAAUAA